CAUUGUUCGACGUGAAUUUUUUUUGUGACGUUCGCGUUUUGUGUGCAGAAGUGAAAAAAGUGAAUUUUCUAAUGGACCUUUUACUAUUUGUGUGAGAUGUAAACUCACCAAAAUAAUGUGCAUUGUGUACUAUAGGAUUCAAUAGUGAAAUUGCAAUUGCUAUAUCGAUUGGUGAGUGGAAAUCUGAGGCGCAGGAGUGAAAAAUAUUCUGCCCUGACGUACUCAGUUUUUUUUUCUUUGAGCCCCGAGAGCAAAAACACGGCCAUGCAAUUCGAAGGCAACACAAAAAUUGUAUGUUAGUAUUUUCCACGUAGUUUUCCUACCAUUCUCUUGUGUUCCCUGUGUUUGCCCAAGAGGCAGAGUGUCUGGGGGAAAAGUGCUAGUCAUUCCCGGAAGAGAGGAUUUGAGGGGAUGGAGAGGAGUUCUGGUGAAACAGAUGGACAUUUUUGGAGUUACGCAACGUGAGUGGGAAAAAAGUGGCAGAAAUAUGGAACUCAGGGGCGGAGGCGCUCUUGCUGACCUGCACAACACUUCCAUUUUCAGUGUGAACAUGGAAGGUUCCGAUGGUUCUCCACCCCAUUCCAUGUGGAUGGUGCGAGUGGGUGAAUUGUAUCCGAAACCAACACUUGAGAAGGAAGAGGAGAAAUUGGCAAUUCCCUUCACUGAACUUGCUGGUGAGGGAGUUAAGUACAUUGGGCGUACUUCGGAUGGUGUCUUGGCGCUAUCCAAUUAUAGGAUUUUCCUAUUAAAAUCAUCAAGCAGUACUUUUCAAGAGACAUCUGUUCCACUUGGACUGAUAGAAUCGGCUCAAGUGAGGGAAUUAUUUCAUUUAGUGAUAAAUUGCAAAGACGCCAGUACGGUUAAAUGCUCUUUUGAUACCGCAGAGCAAUGCUCUGAGUGGCAGAGACGCAUUUCUCUUUCCGUUGGCGUCCCAGAUAAUCUUGAGUCGCUAUUUGCAUUUCCGUUCUAUGCGUGGGCAUCAGAAUCACCUUGUUCUACGGAUAAUGAAUGGACUGGUCGACUGCAAAAGGCCGGAAAUUGUGACGAUGACUUCCGCAAAGAGGUUGAUCGAUUGCAAUUUGAUUUACAAGGAGCUUGGCGAAUAAGCAAUGUUAAUGCUGACUUCAAAUUGUGUCCCUCCUAUCCACGAUAUUUUCUCGUGCCGUUUUGCAUUUCUGACGAGACACUCCAGAGUGUGGCGAAUUUUCGCAGUUCUAGACGGAUUCCAGUGGCUGUGUGGCGUCAUAAGACGUCUGGGGCCAUUAUAUCCCGAUGCAGUCAACCUGAAGUUGGCUGGUUGGGUUGGCGCAAUUCCAAGGAUGAGCAAUUGCUCAAAGCCUUUGUGGAUGCGUGCGCCUUUGAUCGUGGUGAGCAACAGAGGAAAAAUGGAACAAAUGCCCCAAGUAGUGUUUCGUCAGAGAGUGCCCCGUCCAGUCCAGAAGGGAGUCAUGAGGAGGUGCGAAUGGAUGAACCAAAGAAAAUUCUCAUUGUCGAUGCACGAUCCUAUACGUCGGCUGUGACAAAUCGAGCCCGUGGUGGUGGAUGUGAAUGCAUUGAGUACUAUCCUUCGGCUGAGAUUCAAUUUAUGAAUUUGGGCAAUAUCCAUGCCAUUCGCAAGAGUUUUCAUGCCCUAAGGCAGCUGUGUGCAUCGCCACCGGACAUGCACAAUUGGCUGGGGAAUUUGGAGAGGACCGCAUGGUUGCAGCAUAUGUCGGGAUUACUGGCGGCCUCCAUGACUGUAUGCCGUACCAUUGAGGUGAAUGGACGACCUGUUUUAGUGCAUUGCUCAGAUGGAUGGGAUAGAACUCCACAGAUUGUUGCUACAGCACAAUUAUGUCUCGAUCCCUACUACAGAACUGUCGAUGGAUUCCGGACUCUUGUUGAGCGAGAAUGGUUGAGUUUUGGACACAAAUUUGCCGAUCGAUGUGGCCAUGGUCCGAAUUCUGAGGACUUAAAUGAGCGAUGUCCUGUUUUUCUGCAAUGGCUGGAUUGUGUUCAUCAAAUUCAUCGACAGUUUCCGUGUAGCUUUGAAUUCAGUAUGGGAUAUUUAAUAAAAUUGGCACAACAUUCUCAUUCAUGUCUCUUUGGGACAUUUUUGUGCAACACGGUGAAGGAGCGUCUCGAUACUUCAGUGUUUGAACAUACAUUUUCUGUUUGGCCUUUCCUAUCGGGGCCAAUCUACAAAAAUCCCCUUUAUAUACCAAAUAGGGAUAAGGUUCUCUGGCCUGCCCACAAUGUGAGAGAUUUGGCGGUGUGGAGUGAGGUUUAUUUGGGUAGUUUGGGCAAUCAGAAUUGUGCUGAUUUGCCACCAUGUACAAGUGAAGAUGAUGCUGAUGCCAAGAAUGAUGAAUCAAUGAGUCCAAUGACAAAGACAAGAUCAUAUGGGGAUCUCAUUGAGGCUGGAGGUACUCAAGGUGGCAUGACAAGAAGAUCAAGUGAUCCAAAUAUGCCCGUUGAAUCACACAUGAUAAAUUCCAUUGAUUUCUCAGCUGAAAAUUCCAUUGACUCAACGUCAGAACGUAGUAUAUCACCAACACUUAUUACACAACAUCUCUCAUCUAUAAUUCACGAUACAACACAAAAAUUAGAGUCAAUGACACAGGAGUUGAAUUUAUCCGAUGAGGAAUUGGAACUGAAGAGGCAACAGAGGGAUUUGAUGGGGAACAAAUCUCCAGAGAAUUUGGAUGAAAUUCACGAAUUGCUCGCUCAUGUUAGUCCUGAGAGUGUGACAUUGGAGGAAUUGGUGGAGAGAGACAAGAAUGGCUAUGAAAGUGGCAAUUUCUGCGAUACAGCUCAUGAGGCGACAACUUUUGAGGAGAAUGCCCAAGAUAAUGUUGAUGGCGGCAGUGGUGUUAAUGACUACAAUUCAAUGAUGCUUCAAAGCGUCGAUUUAAGAGACACUUCCAUUGAGAAUUGCUCAUCGGUUCAGGUGGAUAAUCAGAAUCCUUGGCAUGGCUCCGUGGAGACCAGUACAGACACUCUUGUUCCAGUUGUUGAACAACAACCUCUGCCUCAUCGGCAAUUCAUCAUUAAUGGUGCCGUGAGUCACGGAAAUGCUAGUGAAAUGGAUAAUGCAAAUGGUACAGCGUUACGAAGUGGCCAAGUCUAUACAACUGAAGUCACGAUGAUGCCACAACAAAUUGGUCGAACGAAAAAUUUGCCAGAAGUACACAAUAGGCAGAGAUUAGUGACGCUACAGCAGCAGUAUCCAAUGAUUGACAUUGAUGAGAGCAUUCAUAUUCAUCCGGAGUAUCAAAGGCUAGAUUUGACCAAUGUACGUGGAGGAGAUUCGAACAACUAUGGCAAUGCCAUUUAUACAUCAACAAAUAGACGAAGAAGAAAUUCAUCUAAUUCAAAGAGUGAUAUCAGUCCCAAGUAUACAAAUGGAAACAUGUCCCCAAGUGCCACAACUUCGAGAUUUUCAACACCGGGAGCACGUUCACUGCCCAUGACACCGUCAGGAGUGACUGAACGGCCAAAUGUGGCUAUUUCGUGUCCCGAUGGCCUGGCACAUGCUCUGAGUGAACAAAACCUGCGUCUUCAACAAAUUGUUUAUGAACACAAGUUGCGCGAAGAAGCUUUGCAAAAGGAACUCUACAUAACGCGACUGGCCCUUCUUAAGCAAACAUGCCAACACUGCAAUAAUGCCCAAUUUGUCUCUGAAGAACAGAAUACUUUGAAGGAUCUUGUGAUGAAUGAAGAUAUAAAUGUAGUAACGCUUUUCAACAGCAGUCCGGAACAGCUUUUCAGAAGGUGUUCAGUGAGUCCUUAUAGUUCUGAGGGAAUAAUUUCUAAUUGUGAAUCGGUGAACUCAAUUGUCGAUGCUGUUGAGAAUGCGUCUGUGUGUUCAUGGGAGGCGGUCGAGGAGCGCAGUGGUGCUUCUUCGGCCAGCAUGCCAAGUCAGUCAGCAUCCAGUGUUCUCUGGGUGCCUGAUCAUGCUGUAACCAAAUGUACUGGUUGUGAUAUGGGAUUCUGGCUAGGACGACGGAAGCAUCAUUGCCGGUCGUGUGGACAAAUUUUCUGUGCUGAAUGUUCAGAAUUCUGGGCGCCUUUGCCCGAUGAACGACUCUAUUCACCUGUUCGACUCUGUGGCCCAUGCUAUCAAGCAGUAACCACAAAAAUACAGCAACAGCAUCAUCAGCAACAACAAAAUCGUGUUCAGAACAGCCCAGGUGGCGUCCAGCAGAGUGCAGUGUUCAAUCUGUCCAUAGUCAAUCACAAUUAUCAGCCACCGGUGAGUGGGUGCUCCAAAGUGAAAAACGGUGUUGAUACCAUCUGCAACAGCACUGUAGUGAACAGUAAUAGUAAAUUUAGUAGUGUGUGUAGCCAGGGGACAAUUGUAAGUCCCACGAUUAGCACCGUGUCCGGUAGUUGUACCUCAUCACCGCCGACAUCCCUCGAAGACUGCAAACAUGCCGCUAAUGGAUCGGCCAACUGUGAACGUGAUCGACCACUCAAGGCGCCAACAGCCACAAAUUGAAGUGUUUUAAUCUUUUUUUUUUCUGGUUUUCACGACGAAUGUGAGUCUUUCACUUCCAAUACUUUUUUUUUGUCUUUUUAUUUCUCUGCAAAUAGCAUCGUUUUAUUCGUUUUUUUUUCGUUUAAAUUCAUUCUUGAAGAAUUUGUAAAUAUUUUUCUCGUCAUUAAUAUUAUUAUUAUUAUUAUUAUUAUUUUUUAAUGAAGUGGACGUGAAAUGAAAGAUGAGUGAGUGAUUCUUUUAGAGGACAAAUUCUGAUUAGUGUUACAAAAACAAAAGAGAAAAAAAUGGAGAGUCCAGUGUGUUGUAUAAUUAACUAAUUUGAGUAUCUCUACAUAUUAGAAAAGGAAGAAUAAUGUGUAGAAAAUUUAAAAGAUGUUUUUCACAUUUUAUUGUAAUAAGAAUGAUUUAUUGUGAAGCAAAAGAUGAUAUAUUGCUAGUUUGAUAGAUUUUCAAUGGAAGAGAAAAUUUAUAUUUAUAAAAAAGAAGUAAUUAUGAAUUUGUUCUAAAUGAUUGUUACUAUUUUCCUCAAAGAUGCGGCAUCCAAGAGAGUGCAACUGAAGAAAAAAAAAAACUAAUGAACUAUCAUGAUUGUAAUAAGAUUAAAAUACCAAAAUUUAUCCCCUAUAUAGAUAAAGACAUAAUAAUCAAACAAUAACAGAUGAAGAAAAAAUACAUACAAAAUUAAUAAGAUACUUAAUUUAUCGACGGUUCCUGGUUGGACAUUGACAAAGAGUCGGAAAUGUACUGGAUAUCAAAAAUCGCGCGUCGUAGAGAUAGAACAUUCAAUUUUUUUUUCUGCUUAAGUUUUCAUUGAAGAACAAAAAAUUCCCAUUUGUUGUGUUAACAUUUUAUUUGGCAUAAAAUAAAAAAAAUUAAAUUUGAAGGAAGAGAAAGAAAAACUAGGCGCAAUGGAAUAUUUGGAAAAGACUGGUUGAAGACUUUUUUUUAGAGAAAAAAAAUCGAGAGAAAAUAGAUUUUAGGCAAAGAAAAAAUUCGAAAUUUUUUUAUGUUUCCAAAUUUUUUUGUUAAAACGGAUUUAUUUUUUUUUAAAUUUUAUUUCCAAAAUUUUAUGAAUUUAGAAGAAAAAGAAUAUACAAGGAGAUUGGACUAAGAAUAAUUUUAAAAAAAAAGAGAGAAUAUUGCGAAGUGUUUGGUACGAAAUAAUAAAAUUAAGCCUGCGACAGAAAAAUGUUUGGAUACGUUUUUUGCGGAAGGGCUGUGAGACACAAACAAAAAUUAAAUGAUAAAAGGAAAACAACAAAAAAAAGCACAUGAAACAAUUUGCGAAAGACAUUUUAUGGAAUGCAAAUGUGUUACGAAGUACAUUUUAAAACAGAGGAAAAUAUAUUCAAUUUAAAGUAUCAUAUCGUAAA